UAAAUGUAUACGGAAUCACAAGAGCUCAGACGUCAAUUGGAAAUUACACAUUGCCUACCAUACACGUGCAACGCUUAACCCGUGCAACUUGUCUAAACUCUCGUUUUUGAAGGGAAAAUGCAACGAAUUGUGAAGCCGAAAACCCAGCGAGCCAAACGGGCCCUGGAGAAGAGAGACGCAAAGAUUACAGAGAACACAAAGAAGUGUACAUUCAUACGCGGUGGGAACACGAGUGAGACAGUCACAAGAGCAUUGAAGGAACUCUAUAUCCUCAAGAAGACAAGUGGAAUCAUGAUGCAAAGAAAGAACAUGAUGAGGCCGUUUGAAGACAGAUCACAGCUGGAACACUUUGCCAAAAAGAACGAUUCUUCUCUCUUCCUAUUUGGCAGUCAUUCCAAGAAAAGACCUCAUAAUUUAGUGUUUGGAAGAAUGUUUGACUUUCAGGUACUAGACAUGGUGGAGCUAGGCAUUGACAAAUUCACAUCCAUGUAUGAAAUCAAGAAUGCAAAAUGUAUGUCUGGCACCAAACCGUGUCUUGUGUUCUCAGGAGAUCUCUUUGAAACGGAACAUGAAUACAAGAGACUCAAGAACUUGAUGAUAGAUUUCUUCCGUGGACCAGUAGUGCCAAACAUACGUCUGGCAGGGCUGGAACAUGUCAUAAGCAUAACAGCAAUCAACGGAAAAGUUCUGUUCAGAAGCUACAGAGUCUCAAUGAAGAAGUCUGGCAGCAAAACCCCUCGGGUGGAGUUGCAGGACAUUGGUCCAUCAAUGGACCUGGUUUUGAGAAGAUGUCAUCUAGCAUCGUUGGACCUCUACAAACAAUCUAUGAAGAAACCCAAACAGCUCAAGCCAAAGAAGAAAAAGAACAUCAAGCACGACGUCUUUGGCACCAAGCUGGGUCGCAUCCACAUGGAAUCUCAAGACUUAGACAAGCUACAGAUAAGAAAGGUGAAGGCUCUGAAACGACAGAAGCCAUCUGAUGUCAAGAAAGAUGCUGAGGUAGGAGUAGAGACGAAGAAAGCCAAAACAGAUGAUGCUGCAAGAUGAAGAGCAAGAUUUGAAGUUGUUCCAAAUGAAAUACAGUAGAAUCAUGUACGACUCCAAAGAAUCCAUCAUCAAAACAAAAUGUUUGAGAACGAGGCUUAAGUUAUCAGAAUUUAACAUUUGAGAGCCAUCCAUGCAAAAUCCCAGCAGAUUGGAAAGUCAAAGUUAGAUGUGAUUCCUCAUAGCCAUUUAUCCACCUACCAUAUUAAUCUGGCUCCUCCCCAAAUAUUGAAAUGAUUCAGGAUCAUAAAAACCAUCACAGUCUCCAUACAAGUCCAUGGCAAUGUUGUUUAGUCGUGGUGUGAAAAUUUAAAUUGAUGGAGUCUGCAUAAAUGUCUUGUACAACAAAUUUGAGACCAAUGUAUAUUUUGGAAGGAAGCAAUAUAUGCCAAAAUAAACUUCAUCUUUUGAAACUA